AUGGAUCUUUCAUCCAAUAAACUAUCUGGUCAGGUCCCUACGACUUUUCCUUUGGGCAUAAAAGUGCUUGUGUUAAGCCAAAAUGAGUUUUCUCAUGUCUUGCCUCAAAACCUCUCAAAUUUCAACCAGCUUUAUUACCUUGAUCUCCGUGGCAACAACAUUGGAGGUGAAAUUCCUGACAGUUUAGGUGGAUUGAAAAAUUUGAAGUCAGUGAACUUAUCACAAAACAAAUUCUUUGGAAGAAUACCUUUGAGUUUUGGUGAUUUGGAAAGCUUAGAAAGCUUGGAUUUAUCACACAACAAUCUCUUUGGUGAAAUUCCUUACACAUUGGCAAAUCUCUUUGAGCUGAGUUACUUAGACUUGAGUAAAAAUAAAUUGGAGGGUUGCAUACCAGGUGGUCCUUAG